AUGACUGAGGAGAAGGAAAUUGACAUCCUCUUCAAUCAAGUUGUGGAGGGAAAGAGUAUAGCUAAACUUUCUGCCAGACAAAUUCAUGGAUUAUUAAAGUUGUUUGCUGCUACUGUAGCUAAACUUUAUCAGAGAAAGGAAAAAGUCAAUAACCAACAUCAGCCUUUUCAACCUCAAAUUUCUCCCUCAAACUUCAAGAUCGUUGGUGAAAAUAUUUCCCCAUUACCAAAUGCAAUGGAUGACUUGAUCAAUGACAUUUGGUUUGUUGAAACUAUGGCUACUAACCGCAAUUAUUUUAGCUCAGGGGAUGGAAACAAUACCGCGUCUGCACCAGCUGAAGGCGAUGAUAUCAGUGUCGGAGAUAAUGAUUAUUCCAAGGUCCUGGACUGA